UCGAUGGGCAGAAGAUCUUUUGCGACUCAAUGAAGACAAAUCCGGUUCCAUGGUUUCGCAAGUUCGAGCUCACGCUGCAGCUCCACAACGUCAAGGAAGACAAGCACCACGCAUACUUGUACUCUCGCUCAGGGGGCGCGUGUCAGGCUUGGUUGGACAACCUGUUGUCCAAGUACGGAGUGGUAGCCAACGACUUGCACACCAAGAUCAGUUGGGAUGAUCUGAAGGUGGCGUGGCACAAGCGGUUCCAGGUGGAGCCGCUGGAGAUCAAAGCCAUGGACAAGCUCAUGGUCUUCGAGCAAGGCACGCUGCCGAGUACGGACUGGAUCGCCGAGUACCAACGCUUGACGUCGGUCCCAGACAUCGAGAUGGGCUUCAAAGCCACCCGCCAUUACUUCAUCUCAAGGUCAUGUCCGACAUUAAGCAAUGCCCUGACGCAUGUUGAGGACACCUUGACGACGACGGCGGAAUUGUUUGACAAGGCCGCGCAGAUCAUCAUCACAAACAAGGAGGCCAAGAACCUCCGUUCAUCUGCGUCAGGCCCGAGCAGGGACCAGCAUUGGCCAAGAGUGGUCGUGGUCGCAGCGACAACGCCGUUUGACAAAACCAGCGAGGUUGUGUCUGCCAGUGAAGGGGACAGACUCGCAGCCGCCCGGGAAGUGGCCGCCCCGGCAGAGGCCGAGGACGCGGCAAGACGAAGACACACACCACAUCUAGCCCCGGGCCUGGUGCAGCAGCUCAGACAGGCCCAUGGUCCCAAUAUGGCAUCUCCGAGCAAGCAUUCAAAGCACGCGAGAGAUUCCAUUAUUGCCUUUGGUGCAACAACGAUCUUCAUCAGACGCAGGAAGGCAAACCCGACGGCGAUCAAGUUGGUGGAUGGAAAGACGCAACAACUUCUCGACCGUGACAUCGAGGCCGUACCGGUCUACUUCGCACCUCAUGCAUGCGAACCGGUGACAUUCGAUAUUCUUGACACGGACUUCGACAUCGUUCUGGUAAUGCCUUGGCUUGCAAGUGCGGAUCACACGGUCAACUUCCAUCGGCGGACUCUUAGCGUUCGCGACGCCUCCUGCGCGGAAGUGGCGUGUACUAUUCCUCUACCGCACACUUCGAUCCGGUGCCAAGUGGUGAUGGCCAAAUCAUUCCGAGCGACUUGCGCUUACGAGCAGCCCGAGGAGAUCGGCCUAUGUUUCCUAUGGACCGUCGCGGUAGCCGACUCUUCACCCACGGACUUGUCUUCAGACCCCCGUGUGAUGCGGUUGCUGGACGAGUUCGCCGACAUCUUCGAGUCACCUACCGGUGUGGUGUCGGAUCGGCCGAUCUCGCAGAAGAUCAUUCUUGAGGCCGGUGUCGUGCCGCUGAAAGGUUGCAUUUAUCGGAUGAGCAAGGAGGAACUUGAGGUCCUCCACGCACAACUCGAUGAUUUGCUGGCCAAGGGCUGGAUCCGCCCUAGCAGCUCCCCAUAUGGAGCACCAGUUCUCUUCGUCAGGAAGAAGAACAAGGAUCUACGAUUGUGUAUCGACUACCACAAGCUCAACGCGCAAACCGUCAAGAAUGAGGGGCCUCUUCCUCGCAUCGACGAUCUUCUUGAGCGAUUGGGCGGCGCAAAAUAUUUUUCUAAGUUGGAUUUGAAAUCGAGAUAUCAUCAAAUCUCGAUCCAGCCGAACGAUCGCUACAAGACCACAUUCAAGACGUGGUACGGGCAUUUUGAGUGGGUGGUCAUGCCUUUUGGCCUCACCAACGCCCCGACGACGUUUCAGGCGGCAAUGACCAAUGAAUUCCGUGCAAUGUUGGACCGGUUCGUGCUGGUCUACUUAGACGAUAUUCUCGUCUAUAGCCGGUCAUUGGAGGAUCAUCUUGGGCAUCUUCGACGAGUGUUGGAGACGCUCCGCCGYGCCAAGYACAAGGCCAACCGCGACAAGUGCGAAUUUGUCCGGCAAGAGCUGGAAUACUUGGGCCAUUUUGUCACACCAGAGGGCCUCAGUCCGCUAUCGGACAAGAUUCAAGUCAUCCAAGAGUGGUCGGAGCCUCGGAACGACAUGGAUGCCUGCUCGUUCUUUGGUCUCGCCAACUACUAUCAGUGUUUCAUCAAACUUGAAGGCUACUCGAAGAUCGCAGCCCACUUGACCAAGCUUCGAUGCGAGGAUCGGCCGUUCGACUUCGGAGAGCAGGCGCGGGAUUCAUUUUUGGCUCUCAAAGCCGCGCUAUUAUCGGCGGUGGUCUUGCGGAUAUACAACCCGCUUUUGCCUACGCGCGUCACUACGGAUGCGUCAGGCUAUGGCAUUGGUGCAGUCCUUGAGCAACAUGAUGGUGUGGACUGGCACCCGGUUAAAUGGGUUCGCCAAAUCACAAAUGUCCUCUGGCUGACGCUUCCGACCGAGGAGUUCAACGUGCAUGCGAGCCGGUGGGUGAUUAGCCCACGAGGCGGAAGAAACCUGAGUGGCGGGAACCCUCUGCGGGUGCACCGUCCGCCAACCACGAUCUACUGUGAGAGGUUUGAGUGUGAGCAUGCCCGUUGGGACCCGAAAGAUGGUGAACUAUGCCUGAGCAGGGCGAGGCCAGAGGAAACUCUGGUGGAGGCUCGCAGCGAUACUGACGUGCAAAUCGUUCGUCGGACUUGGGUAUAAGGGCGAAAGACUAAUCGAACCGUCUAGUAGCUGGUUCCCUCCGAAGUUUCCCUCAGGAUAGCUGGAGCUGUUGAACAGUUUUAUCGGGUAAAGCGAAUGAUUAGAGGCCUCGGGGGUGAAACACCCUCGACCUAUUCUCAAACUUUAAAUAGGUAAGAUUUCGGGGUUGCUUAAGCGAACCCCGAGGAUCAAUGAAAGCUCCAAGUGGGCCAUUUUUGGUAAGCAGAACUGGCGAUGCGGGAUGAACCGAAAGUCGAGCUACGGUGCCAAACUGCGUGCUAACCCAGAC